UCCAGGUUGUAACUUACUUGUAUAAAAUAUCUGCAAGCCUUUAUCUUGCAUAAACGAAAAAAACAACAAUGGAGUCAACGGCCACUAUUGCAUUGGAUCGUUCAACUCAGCUAAAAGCUUUCGACGAGACCAAGACCGGCGUGAAAAACCUCGUCGAGGCCGGUAUCUCAGAGAUUCCCGCCAUCUUCCAUGCACCUCCAUCUACUAUAACAACCCCAAAACCACCUUCCUCGUCGCAGUUCACUAUCCCAACGAUCGAUCUCCAAGGAGGCAGCACAGACUCAAUCUCGCGGCGGAGCUUGGUGGAGAAGAUCGGAGACGCGGCUGAGAGAUGGGGCUUCUUCCAGGUGAUCAAUCACGGUAUCCCACUCAAUGUGAUGGAUAGGAUGAAAGAAGGGGUUCGUGAGUUUCACGAGCUAGACCCGGAGGUGAGGAAAGGGUUCUACUCUCGGGAUUCAAGUAGUAGCAAUAUGCUUUACAUGAGCAACUUCGAUCUGUAUAACUCACCGGCUGCUAACUGGAGAGAUACGCUAGUUUGUUUCACGGCUCCAGAUCCUCCUAGACCUGAAGACUUGCCAGCCGCUUGUGGGGAGGUGAUGAUUGAAUACUCAAACGAAGUGAUGAAAGUAGGUAAAAUGCUCUUUGAGCUUCUCUCAGAAGCUCUAGGUUUGAACACUAAUCACCUCAGGGACAUGGAUUGCGCCAAUUCAUUGCUGCUGCUCGGCCAUUAUUACCCGCCGUGUCCACAACCAGACCUAACUUUAGGCUUAACCAAACACUCAGACAACUUUUUUCUCACGGUUCUUCUACAAGAUCACGUUGGAGGGCUACAAGUUCUCCAUGAUCAAUACUGGGUUGAUGUUCCUCAUGUCCCUGGAGCUCUUGUCGUCAACGUUGGAGACCUUCUCCAGCUUAUUACAAACGGCAAGUUCAUAAGCGUGGAGCAUCGUGUUUUGGCAAAUGGAGCUGGACCGCGUAUCUCAGUUGCGUGCUUCUUCAGUUCGUAUUGGAUGGAGAAUCCUAGAGUUUAUGGACCUAUCAAAGAGCUUUUGUCUGAAGAAAACCCACCCAUAUAUAGAGACACCACCAUUACAGAGUAUUCAAAGUUCUACAGAUCCAAAGGUUUCGAUGGUACCUCUGGAUUACUAUACCUCAAGAUCUAAAGAAUAUGCACGUUUAUGUUUUAGUAAAGGUGCGUUGGACUUUGGUUUGCCUGUAAUAACUUCCUUUUCUUUAAGAUAAGACUGUAUUAAAGCCA